AUGGUGGCCCUUCACCUCACGGCUGUGCUGGCCGUGGCCAUCGAAGUCCACGUGGGGGUGUGGGGGGAGAAGGCAACGCACACAGUCAUCAGUAGAUCCGAGACAGCUGACAGCGAUGGGACGAGGACGCCUGAAUGGAACCGAACUCUUGGCCAGGGAUGGGACAGCGCGGCAGCGCGGAAAGUGGCCGAGUCCACGGGCUUCAGCAGCAGCAGCUGCAGCGCUGUUUCCAAGAGCCAAACGCUGCUGAGCCGGGGAGGAGCUGAGCGGCGGUGGCACGCGGUGGGGACGAGCACCGUGGGCAUCCCCGGUGCCCGGGGGACUCUGGGCUGUGCCUCGGUGGCCGUGGGCUCACCCAUUGUGCCCCUGGGCUCAGCCGUCACAGCAUCCUGCACCAUCUGGAGCGAGCUCUGCCGUGGCUUGGAGCAGGGGAAGGUCCGGAUCACGUGGAUGCUGGACAAUGAGCCCAUGGCAGGGAGCCAGCACCGGGGCCCGGGUGGCACAGAGGUGUCCAACCUCACCCUGCCCCGGUUCAACCGCACGCAGGCCAAGCUGUGGUGCUGGGUGGAAUGGAACGGGACCAAGCAGCGCGUUGGCAUGGCCGAGAUCAGAGCGGGCUACCCACCUGCAAAGCCCUUCAACCUCAGCUGCGUCCUGAACCUCAGCGACUAUGGGCUGAUGUGCCAGUGGAAGCAGGGACCCGACAGCCACCUCCCCACCAGCGUCGCGCUGAAGUGUGCCAGGAGCAGAGCCCAGGUGGUGACAGGCUGCACCCCGCAAGGCGACCGCAGCCGCUGCACGGUGCCACGCCGGCUGCUCCAGCUCUACCGGCAAAUGGAGAUCUGGGUGUCCGCCACCAACGCGCUGGGCACGGCCGAGUCGGAGCAUCUCUACAUCGACCCCAUGGAUGUCGCCAAGCUGGACCCCCCGGUCCUGCAGAGUAUCCAGUCCAUCCCAUUCCAGACCGACUGCAUUGCCCUGACCUGGGAGGUGGCACGGAGCAACGCGCACAUGGAGCUGCAGUGCGAGCUGCGCUACCGGGCAUCCGAGGACCCCGCCUGGGCUCUGGUCACCAACAUCGUCGGCCAGGCCGGCACCAUGCAGCACUGCGGCUUCCUCUUCGGCACGCGGUACCACUUCCAGAUGCGAUGCCGGCGGAGCUCGGCACAAGGCUACUGGAGCGAGUGGAGCCCGGGCAGGAACUACACCGGGCAGCGGGUGUCCUCGGAGCCCGGCCACUGCAGUGCCUGCUGGCAGAUGGAGCGUGAUGGGGACGCCACCACAGCCCUCAUCCAGGAUGGCAUCGAACCUUUCCAGCGGUACAACAUCUCAGUGUACCCCCUCUACAAGGAGGCCGUAGGGAUGCCCAUCCACACCGCAGCCUACUCCAGGCAGAAGGCACCGUCCUACGCCCCAAAGCUCCACCUGAAGAGCAUCAGCAAGUCUGACGCCGAGCUGUGCUGGGACCCGGUGCCAGUUGAGAUGCAGAACGGCUUUAUCACCAGCUACACCAUCUUCUGGGCCAACAGCACCGCGGAAGUGUCCAGCGCCGUUGUGAAUCCCUCUCUCAGCUCCUUUGUCAUCCGGGAGCUGAAGCCAUCGACCCUGUACAAAGUGCACAUCAUGGCAUCCACGGUCGCCGGCGGCACCAACAGCACCAGCCUGACCCUGGUGACCAUGGUGCUAGAUGACAUUGAAAUCCAGUUCCUCUUCCUGACCCUGGGGCUGGUCUUUGUCCUGCUCAUACUUUUGCUCAUCUGCGUCCAAAAGAACGGGCGGGUGAAGCAGCAAUUCUGGCCCAGCGUCCCCGACCCCGCCAACAGCAGCCUGGGCAAGUGGGUGCCGGUAGAGCUGCAGCAGGCAGUUUGCAGUCCCUUUAUUCAGACAGCCAGAUGUUACGCCAGACCUGUGAGAAGAAAGAGGAAAGACAUCCCCAGCCAUUUGGAUGAUCUUCCUCCCACAAUGUUGAAGAAAGAUUAUGCCAAUGUCCCAAUAAUAAAUAGUGUUGACGAUGUAGUGAGAAGACUGUUGUCACUGGAAAUGGCAAGCCAGAAGGAGAAGAUGAAAAUAAAGACACAGCAGCUGGUGGAGAAGGUCAGGAGGUCUCCCAACGACAAUGGCUCCUUUGAGGUGCAAGUUGCUGUGUUGACUGCCAAGAUACGGACUUAUGAGGAACAUCUUCAGAGGCAUCCCAAGGAUAAAAGUAACCGCCGUCGCAUGCUGAUGGAUAUGGAUCGCCGGAAGAAACUACUGGCAUAUCUUCGCCGUGUCCGCUAUGAUACCUUUGAAAACACCUGCAAGCAGCUGAAUAUCCAGUACACCCUACCCCCUCCCUACUCCAGAAGGGUCACCAAGCGCUGGGUUGUGAAGAAGGCUUUCUGUCUCAAGGUUUUUCAGGAGGUGCGGAAGCUGAAAGCCUCAGAGAGGCUAAAGCAGAGAGCAGAGUGGCGAGAGAGAGCAAGAGCGAGAGCUGCCAAGGAGAAAGAGGCGCAGUGUGAGGGGACACCCGUGUAA